AUGCAAUCCGCCGACGAUGACACCACUGCUCCUCCUCGUCCGACGGAGUUUAAUCUCCAGGUCCGCCAACUAAAGUUGACUAAAACCGGGGAUGCAGAGUCGUUCACCGUCGGGGCAGCAGCAGCCAUAGCUGCAGAAAAGAGACGGUCCCCGCCCAACGAUACGGGGAAAACGAUUGCGGACAUGCAAAAGGUCGAGCUAGAGUGGAGCAUCAGAGCAUCAUACUAUUCGUCCAGCAUGGCCCGCACGAGUUGGCAUCUCUCUACGCAAAGAGACAUUCUGGUUGGAGCGCAAUGCCUUGCAAGCCAAGAUUGCUGCAAAGGACCUCCCGGCAAGCCAUAUACGCCUCUUUUUCCCCUCAUGGUUGGAUCCCGUUUCUACCUACCAGCCGGCAAGCCAACCCGCGGACUAAACACGGAUACUCCGGAUAGAACGAAACUCUCCCUAGAAGUUGCGGACGAACAUGCAAUAGUACAACAGCCACCCGAUCCAGGGGCGAAUUGA